UCUUAAUUCGUGGUCCCUGGUGAUAAUUUAUAAUAUUAUAUAUACUUUAUCGACAUAUUACUAAAUAGUUGUUGCCGUGACAACUUUACUAGUAUAAAAAAAAUAGACGUUCAAAAUCUAAGUUUUACUAUUUACCUUUAUUAUAUCAUUCAAAAACAUUAAUUUAUUUCAAAUAAAAUCGAAAACGAUGGUUGAAGUUAACGAAGGGACCCUUUUUGUGGUGGAUGAAGUGAGUGAUAUUAUUAAGGACUCAAUUGAACAUUCAAUUGGCAGUCAAUUAUACCAACAAAAUAUGGUAAAUAAAUGGACGGAUUCUGUAGUUGAAAACUGCUUAACAAGACUUUGUAAACUGGCCAAACCUUUUAAAUACAUAGUUACAUGUGCUAUCAUGCAAAAAAACGGUGCUGGUUUUCAUGCAGCAAGUUCGUGUUAUUGGGAUAACUUGACAGAUGGUAGUUGUACUGUUAGAUGGGAAAACAAAACUAUGUAUGUUAUUGUAUCAGUUUUUGGUCUAGCUAUAUGAGUAAUCAAAUUAAAUUUCUGUACAAAAAUACUUAUAUAUUUACAUCAUUAUAUGUUUUAAGUUUUCAAUACAUAAUUAUGUGUAAAAUAAGAAAAUAUUUUUAGUUUUGUCAUAUCACAAUCAGUAAAAUUAUUUUUGAUUUUUACGAUAUACCUUAAUAAGAAUACUAAUAUAGAUUUAAUUAAUGUGAUAUAUUUGUUGUUUGAUAGAACAUUAAUAACCAUUAACUAGUGAAAUAACAAAGUAUCAAUAAAAAUUGUUAUUUAUAAUAUUAUAGCUAUUAAAUAAUUUGUAUUUUAAUUUUGAUAUUUAUUUUAUGUUAAGGUAUAAGGAUCAAUCAUGUAAAAUGAACAUUAUUUAUUAUUAGCUGUAUUUUAACAAAAAGUAUAAAUGUAAAAUGUAUUAUACUAUUGUUGUUCUGAUAAACUGAUAGUGAUUUAUUUUUAAAAAAAUGUAUCAUAUAACAAAUAAAUAUUUCUUUUUUUAAUUUACUUAUAUACAAAGUUUUAUCAAUGUAUCAAUCAUUUCAAACCCAAAUAUAAUAUGCAGAUAUGAAGUGUCAUUUGUUUAAAAUUUUCAUUUACUUGUAGCUACCUUAAAUUUGUAAUACUUAUUAUUUGUGGGCCUACUUUUAAAAGCAUCUCAUCUGAUUUUAAAUAUUUGACAAAUUUACAUUGAAAUAGGUAAUUAUUUAAAUAGGUAAAAAAUACCCAGUGUUGUGUUUAUUUCUUUUUAAAUAUAAAACAUUGGUUUAUUAUUUAAUUUUUUUUACAUUUUUACUUUUCCUGUUAUUUAAUUUGACUUCAUUAAUCAUUAUUAAAGUAAUUAUACUUUUAAAACAACCAACCACAUUUAUUAUUUACAAUUAUGUAGAACUAUUACAUUUAUUUAACGUAUACUACUAUAAUAUUAUCAACACAUUGACUAUCUCAGUCCACAGACUAUAUAAAAAUGUCAUAGGCUUCACAGAUUUAUAAUUCACUCUGAUAGAAAGCCAAUAUUUCCAUUUAAUAGGUAAAUCAUUUUUCAGUAGUUUUUUAGCAUAGAAUGGAGUUUAUACUAUGAGACUUAAUGUGUUAAAAAAUUAAUAAAUUUUAUUUUAGUUUAUAAAAUUUGUUUUUGUAUCAUAGUAAACUAAAAUAGUUUUCUAAAAAAAAAAUGGUAUUAAAUAGUAUUUAUUUUGUAAGAUUGAACAUUAUUUUUAUUAUACACAAAUAGGUAGCAUAAAAUAUAUAUUUAUAUCAAUAUUAAUAACAUUAAUAAAUCAAAUCAAUUGAAUAUUA